AUGCAUCUGCUGCGCGCCUCAGUCGUCGAAGACAUCAUGAAGGAACUGCCGGACAAGUUCGGAGUGGUCCUCGAUGGAUGGACACAAAUGCGUGAACACUUCAUUGCACUGUUUGCUGUUUACGUGAAUGCGGGCGAUCGCAAGGAGGUCCUGCUCUCGAUGACGCCUCUAAUCAAAGACACAAGCCUCACCCAUGUCCAAGGGGUCGAUGAACUACAACCGAGCCCUGAGACCGAUGAAAUCGUGUCGCACACCGCGGAGAAGAACGUUCACUGGAUUCGGAAGCAACUGGCCAAGUUCAAGCGCUCUACCACCUGCAUCACCUUUAUUGUCGCGGACAAUUGCUCCGUCAACAAGAAGAUGACGACAGACAUGAAGGUACCUCUGCUCGGAUGUGCAUCCCAUCGGUUCAACUUGGCGGUCCAAGACCUCAUGAAGGGCGAGUUUGCUGACCUGCUGGCGAAAGUCCAAAAGGUCAUGUUGUCAUGCAAAGCACCCAACAAUGCGGCCGAGUUGAAGAAGCUGACGUCGUUGAAGCCGAGGUUCCUUCAAGCCACACGUUGGUCGUCUGCGUUCGAGAUGUUAAGACGCUUCCAGAAGCUCCUGCCUUCGCUCGAACGGAUGCCCAAGCGCGCGAAACUGAAGAUGGUAGUGUUUGCGGUAAUAUGCCGAUGUUACGAUGCAGUCACAUCCCAUGACCUUGCAUACGACGAAGCGAGAGGUAAUGGCAACGUCUGUCAUCAUACACUGUGCUUGUUGGCUAAAAUUGAAUAA